CUGGUGUACUAAAACUCGUGCAUAAUAGAUCUGUGAAGUAACAGAGAAUUUCUGAUCAUUUUGUCUUUCUUUUCCUUUUUAUUUUCAUUUUCCAAUCCUUUACAGAUUCUUAAUAUUUGCAUAACAAAGCAUCACCUCUUAGAGAAGGUAGCAACUGUAGCUGUAGGAAUACACAUAUCUACGUAAUUUUGUUAACGCAUCUAGGUGUAGUGAAACUGUUUGUCAUUAUCUAUCUUGUUACGGUAAAAAUCCAAACCCGGGAAUUGGGAUGAGUACUUGUGGCCAUGAAAUAUAUAUAGCAUUGUCCUGUGAUGGAUGUUAUGCGGCUCGUAAACUUUUGAACAGAUUUACUUCUAAAUAUGUAAUUGAAUUGUGUUAAGAUCAAGAUCUACUGAUGAAUUUGAUAUAUAGUUUGUUUACUUGUUAUGUUUAAUGCAUGCAGAGAAAAGGGUGUGCCUUCUUUUCUUCCCUCCAGCUCUAGUAUCCCCAUCCCUCCCUAAAGAAUCUUUGGUAGCAUGUGCAUUGUUGCGCAUGUUUGAAUAAUCGUUCUGGACGUACUUUUGAGUGUUCAAUAUAUACUUUUGGAGAAUGAUACUCUUUCAAUUUUGAACGUAGUUUUAGAAGGUUGGAAUGGUUAUCCAAACAUGCAUUUUGUUUGCAUGUAUAUGUUAUUGUUUUGGUCACUAAUGAAGUGUAGGCAUUGAUUUGUUUGAUUUGACGUGAAGCAGGAUGGAUCAUCAAGGGCAUGGGCAUGGGCACGGCCAGAACCCAUCUAUGGGGGUUGUUGGAAAUGGACCUCAAUUUCCUUAUGGUUCUAAUCCAUACCAGGCCAGCCAUAUGACAGGUUCACCUGGUAUGGUUGUUGCAUCACCUGGGACCAUUCAAUCCACUGGUCAACCACCUUCAACUCAGCUAGGACAACAUCAACUUGCUUAUCAGCACAUGCAUCAGCAACAACAGCAGCAGCUGCGGCAACGUCUCCAAGCCUUCUGGGCAAACCAAUAUCAAGAAAUCGAGAAGGUGACCGAUUUCAAGAACCAUAGCCUCCCCUUGGCGAGGAUCAAGAAGAUUAUGAAGGCUGACGAGGAUGUCAGAAUGAUAUCGGCUGAGGCACCGGUCAUAUUUGCGAGGGCAUGUGAAAUGUUCAUAUUGGAGUUAACCUUGCGCUCUUGGAAUCACACAGAAGAGAACAAAAGGAGAACACUUCAAAAGAAUGAUAUUGCAGCAGCCAUCACAAGAACUGAUAUCUUUGAUUUUUUGGUUGACAUUGUGCCUAGGGAGGACUUGAAAGAUGAAGUGCUUGCUUCAAUGCCAAGAGGAGAUGUGCCUGUUACAGGGCCUCCUGAGGCACUUCCUUAUUGCUAUAUGCCACCUCAACAAGUUGGAGCUGCUGGUGUCAUGAUGGGUAAUAAGCCUGUGAUAGACCCAUAUGCUCAACAGACUCAUCCCUACAACAUGGCACCACAACUGUGGCCACAACCACCACCACCACCAGAGCAGCAACAAUCAUCUCCAGAUCAGUAGCCACUUAUUAUUUGAAGGAUCUUUGACACUAUUUCACUCUUGUUAAUUAGUUUUCCAAGGUCUGUAAUUUUGAAUUUUAUGUUGGACUGAUCAUUUCAGUACAUCAUAGUAAAAUUUAAUUCUGCAGUUUUUGAAUUUUUAUUUCCAUCUUUUUCUUUAUGGAAUUUAAUAUUUUCUGCUACAGA